AUGCCUGCGCCUUUGCCCGUUGAAUGGUUGAAGAGACUGGGCAUUCACGAUAUCCUGGGUACAACUGUAGAAGAGUGGGAUUAUUUGCAUACUGGCAUCUACCUGGAUGAAAUAUCCAGAACAGGACUUGCUGGGCCAGGCGGUUCCAUGACCGCAGGACAUACAUUUGGUAUUCCACCGGUGAUCAAAUUUGGGAGCAAAGCUCUGCAUGAGAAAUUUCUCCCUGAACUCCUUCCUGGCAAGAAGCGCACCUGUAUCGCGAUUACGGAGCCUGGAGCUGGUAGUGACGUGGCAAACAUUGCCACUACAGCGGUGAAGACGCCCGACGGCAAGCACUACAUUAUCAACGGCGAAAAGAAGUGGAUUACAAAUGGUUUUUGGUCCGACUACGCCACGAUGGCUGUCCGAACUGGUGGUCCAGGGGCUAGCGGUCUAAGCUUCAUCGUCUGCCCUCUGAAAGGCUAUCCUGGCGUGACGAUGCGCCGGCUCAAGGUUGCAGGCCAAAUUAGCGCCGGCACGACAUAUAUUGAGCUCGACGACGUCAAGGUCCCUGUCGAGAACCUUAUCGGCAAAGAAGGCAUGGGCAUGCGCUAUAUCAUGACCAAUUUCAACCAUGAACGUCUGACCAUCGCAGUAAGCGUGACCCGGACCUCCCGUGUCGCUCUGUCUUCAGCCUUUGCGUACGUUAUGAAGCGAGAGGCUUUCGGCAAGACGCUCAUCGAGCAGCCCGUUGUGCGACAUAGACUGGCCAAAGCGGGCGCCGAGCUCGAGGCUCUACAAGCCUGGGUCGAGCAGUUCUUGUACCAAAUGACCCAGCUCACCAAAGAAGAAGCCGACAUCAGACUUGGUGGCUUGACUGCACUCGCUAAAGCCAAGGCCGGUAUGGUGCUCAAUGAGUGUGCCCAGACGGCUGUACUGCUUUUCGGUGGGAAUGGGUAUACGCGGACAGGCCAAGGUGAAAUCGCCGAACGAAUCUACAGGGAAGUCCCAGGCGCCAGGAUUCCCGGUGGUAGUGAGGAUGUCAUGCUGGAUCUGGCCGUCCGGCAGCUCGUGAAGAACUACAAGAAUGCGACUCAGGCCAUGGAGCGACCGAAAGGGAGUAGUAAGCUAUGA